GCAGAGGCGAAGGGCCUCCGCAUUGGUUUCGCGGCCCGUUCAGUGUUCAGCCUUCUUGCACGCAACUCGAACAAAAAAGACAAUCAUAAUCUAUGACAAAUCAAACCUAUACUUGUUGCUUAAGCAAUGCACUGCGCUAGACGCAAGCUCAUAGUAGAAGUCGAACAAUAUCAAUGACGAAAGAGCUGCGGUGGGGCAGCGCCUCUUAAUCACGACUCCCCCCGCAAAAUGCAUCCUCCUGCAAUCCUCGAAGCUGUUCGUCGCGUCGUCGACGAGUUUGACGCUUUGCAGAGCAUCUAUGGGCUCGACUUUUCCACGGACAGCGAUGCCCUAUCGGAAUUACGCCGAAUCAGCACCACGACUAGCGACCCUUCUAGCGCCGCACGCAGCCGACAGGCGCCUGAGCAUUCAUCUACCGCAAGAACUUCUGAAUUCACGCCCGUUCUAAAAGAACUUCCCGACGUGAAGCUUCGUCUCAACGACACAACGACCUUGCGCGCCUUGCUGCCAGUCCGUUACCUUCUCGACCCGGAUGCCGUUCCCUUGGUGUGGCUCGACCAUGGAGAAAGAAGUCGAGACAAAGCGUCGAGCCCGGGCACCAUAGUGGCCCAAAAGGACGUCUUGGACGCUGCGCUCCAAGCGUUCGUCUAUGAGCAAAGCGCGUCCCGCGACGAGCCGGUGGAGAUGCUACUGGAGAUAGCGCAGCACGCCACAGAUUUAUUGCACGACCAGGAGCAGUUGCGGCAAGUGGAAGCAGCGACAGACUUCGAUGAUGACGAUGCUGACAGCAGUUCUGUAGUUUUUGACAACUUUUUUGGCAACACGGAGGUAACCAGCACCGGACAGACCAUCACGAAAGCGAAAAAGCUGGGGCGGCGGCUGAUGUACUCGCACCACAUUCGCGCGCCGGGAAAGAGACGGGCCAUUAUCGAGUGCGCGAGACAGCUGAACCUUUCCGGCUUCAGCAAAAUCGGGUACCCUGGGGUGGUCCUAAUUGAGGGCGAGGAGGACGCGUGCGACGCGUAUGUGAAUGCAAUUCAGCGACUCCGGUGGAAAUACUUCGCAGUGCGCGGGGAGGAGAUUGUCGAGGCAGAUGACGAGUGUUUAGCGACAGGAACGAUCAACAGCUUGCGAAAAUUACCCCUGGGCCUGUUUCACGAGUUUGGCCCUGACGAAAUGAACCUGCUCGCGGCAGAAUGCCGAAAAUACGACUUGGAAGACCUGUUCAAAACUUGUAUGAAAAUCUACCGAUGAAUGAGAAUGAACAAUACGAGCACCUUGUACAGCAAGAAGUGCAUACUAUCUAUCUAAGCUUAUAAUGUAAAAAAGGUUUCUCUUUCUAAAAGCACGAAGGAAAGUCAUUCAAGUACAAGACAGCCAGUCACCG